AGCAGGGGCCUUUUAGUCAUCUUGUACCUUAACAAUUUUCCCACCCAACGGAUAAGCACCCUGAAGAAGGGCACGGUCUGGUCUCUGUUACAACGCUGAAAGAGAGAGUGAUAAUGGCGAUUUGUUCAGUAUCUUCAUUUUUUACCCUUUUCUGCAAUACCAAACCCUCUUCCACCACAAACCCAUCCACUCUUUCUUUUUGUAGCCUCAAUUUCUCUAAGAACAUAUGUGAAAACGGCAUAAUUCGAGGGGAUCACACAUAUGGGGCAAUUAAGAUGGCUCCUCGAAAGUCUAUUGUUUGUGAGGCCACAAGUGGAAAGAAACCUGAUUCGGCUGAAAAAAGAGCUCGCCAGGCUGAGAAGAGGCGCAUACGUAACAAGUCUCGAAAGUCUGAAAUUAAGACUCGGAUGAAGAAGGUUUUUGAUGCUCUCGAUGAGUUAAAAAAGAAGACUGAAGCUCAGGCAGACGAGAUCCUCCCCGUUGAGAAAUUGAUUGCUGAGGCCUAUUCCGCCAUUGAUAAGGCAGUUCAAAAAGGCACCCUGCACAGGAACACUGGUGCCCACCGCAAGUCCAGGCUCGCGAGGAGAAAGAAAGCUGUGGAAAUCCAUCAUGCUUGGUACACGCCCCAGCCUGUUGAUGCUUAAAAAACUGUAGUGUAUGUACAUUUAGAAUUCACUAAAACUAAGAUUGAUGUCAGUCGCUUUUUUAUCUCCGGUUCUUGUCUGUAGCACUUUUUAAUUGAUUGAGAGCUUUUUUAAGUGUUUUGUUUU